GCUGCAACUUCCACGUCUUUUUUUUUCUUGUCUGCUCCUCUUAGCGCUCCUUUUCGUUUUUCAUUUGCGCCGGCAACUGCAGUCCCCCUCGCUCGACUACAUCCACGCUCCCCUUCUUUCCCCGCGCUCCACCACCACCACUACUAUUACUACUGUUACUUCUACUCCUUCAUCAUGGGCGGCAAAUCCUCCAAGGGAGACGGCGAGUUCAACUGCGGUGGCCCUCAGGACUUCCCUUUUGACGAGAAGUUCCCCCUUUUCGAGAAGGGGAACGGCCUUCUCUUCCGCCUUGUCGACAACAAGGAAAAGCGCUGGGCCUUCUACAGCGAUUCGAAGAAGUACGAGUUCCACGUCACCGUCAACUUCGGCCCUAACUCGCGCAACUUGGUCGCUCUAGGCAACACCUACCUCGCCGAGGACGUCGAUGGCGGCUGGAGCGCCAAGACGAUCGUCUACCCCGGCAAGACGGAGCCCUUCAUCCAGGGCGAGGUGGUCGGCUUCGACUCGGUCGUGAACGCGGUGCUGCUGACGACGGAGUACAAGGAGCGCAGAAAGGAGGAGAAGAAGGCCGAGAAGAAGGCCGCCGCCGCUGAGGAGAAGGACGCGGCGCGCGACGAACUCGGCAGCAACACGAAUUAG